AACCAAGCUUAUCUUGUUGCUUCUGGCCUCGCCUUCUGAUAACUGUGCAGAUAUCGCUCACCACUAAGGGGGCAAAACCAAACAGCAAUGUUCAAACGCACUCGUGGAUGAAAUUGUCUUGGGUUCAAAGCAUCUGCAAACUUGGUUUAGUGCAUUGUCACGAGUACCGAGUGAGGCGAAAAGCCUUUGUGGAAUGCUACGUCAACAGAAAGACUGAACAUGAUCACUAUCGCGCCACUCACAGUGUACAUGUACAUGAUAACGUGAAUAACAUUUAGUGCAAUAUCCAGUCCAGUAAAGUCUGAUUAUAGAUAGCCCACGAAUCUCCAGUGAAGUGGAUUGUAAUAGUGCAGCAACCGCUCACAAGUUGUUGAUAGGAUGAUUCAGUUGCCUGAUAACAGCUGGGAACAAACUCUCCCUGAAUCUGGAGAAACACAGCACUUACGUACAAUGCAGACCAAUGAUGGGAAUGCAAGUGAGUGGAUUGAAAAAAGAACUGUGGCAAAACAACAAACCAAACAAGGUUUGACGUGCCAUCUUCUGACUGCCUCCCUGAUUGGAGCCUUUGGCUCAUCAUUUUUGUAUGGUUACAAUUUGUCUGUAGUAAAUGCACCAACAGUGUAUAUUAAAAGAUUUUGCAAUGAAUCGUGGAUAAAGCACUAUGGAACGGCACUAGAAGCUAAAUCGUUAACUCUUCUCUGGUCAAUAAUAGUCUCCAUCUCUGCCAUUGGUGGCCUGUUUGGUGCAUUCAUAGUGACCUUUUUAUUAAAUCGGCUGGGCAGGAAGGGGACUCUUCUCCUAAAUAAUGGGUUUGCAAUCUUGGCUGCUUUAUUGAUGUCCCUAAGUGAAACUGCUGACUCCUUUGAAUUGCUGAUUGUGGGUCGUUUUGUUAUUGGAGUGAGUGGAGGAAUUUCUCUCAGUGCCCUUCCAAUGUAUUUGGUUGAAAUAUCACAGAAACACAUCCGCGGUGCCUUGGGGCAGAUCACGGCCGUUUUCAUCUGUGUUGGUGUCUUCACCGGCCAGAUCAUGGGACUGCCGGAGAUUCUUGGCAAGGAGUUCGGUUGGCCUAUACUGUUCGGACUAAAUGCAGUUCCGGCGCUGGUACAACUUGCUGUUCUGCCCUUCCUUCCCGAAAGCCCUCGGUACUUGCUGUUAGAAAAGAAUGAAGUUUCCAAAGCCAGAGAAGCAUUUCAAGUCUUUCUUGGAAAAGAAGAUGUCACAGAGGAAAUGGAAGAAGUCCUGUCCGAGAGAAGAGUCCAGAGUGAAGUUCACGUAGCUUCGGUGUUGGAGUUGCUGCAAAAUCGGUCUGUCCGGUGGCAACUCAUCACGACCGUCGUCGCCAUGUCCUGCUAUCAACUCUGCGGGUUGAAUGCUAUUUGGUAUUACACAUCCAGCAUCUUCGCCAAAGCAGGGCUAAGGAAGGAUCAAAUUCCCUACAUCACUCUGAGCACCGGUGCCAUUGAGGUUGUGUCUUCAAUUCUCUCCAGUUUGACCAUUGAAAGACUUGGUCGAAAGACCCUUCUCAUCGGUGGUUUUUGCUUGAUGACAUUCUUCUUUGGACUACUCACAAUUUCACUUAAUCUGCAGGAACGUGUGCAUGGGAUGUCGUACUUGAGUGUGCUCUCCAUUUUGGGUGUGAUUGCAUCAUUUUGCAUGGGUCCAGGUGGGAUUCCUUUUGUGCUAACGAGUGAGAUGUUUGACCAAUCUUGUCGAUCUUCAGCAUUCAUGAUUGGAGGGACUGUGAUGUGGCUUUCCAACUUUUUGGUUGGACUUCUAUUCCCAUUCAUUCAGACUGGCCUGGGAGCGUUCUGUUUCCUGCUGUUUGCUGUGAUUUGUCUACUGGGAUCAUUAUAUCUCUACAUUGUCUUACCUGAAACCAAGAACAAGACCUUUGCACAAAUCUACCAGGAGUUUGCCAAGAUCAACAAGGUGGUCAAGAAUGAUAUCGAGCAUGAAGUGGAACAAAGCCUUCCGAUGACCAUAAUGGUAAAGGACAAAGCAAACAGAGACCCUGGCACUGUGGGGAAUAUUGCAUAAUUAAUGACCAACAAAUCUUUCUGAUGCAUAAGCAUUUUAAUACAUUUGUAAAUUGUCCAUGUUAGUGUAGGAUAGUGUUAGCGUGCAGAGACCGCUGGUCGGUGCAGACUGACAUUUGUAUUAAAAUACUGAAAACUCAGGAACUGCUCAGCAGAUCAGGCAGCAUCUGCGGAGAGAGGAUCAGUGUUAAUUCUUCAGAUUGAUUGCACAUUGGUAUUACUUAUUACAAUGUUUUGAAUCUCAUUUUGCUCAAUUUACCAAAGACAUAUUUUCUUAGGGGUGUAAAUCAUGACAAUUGGACCAAUUUCCGUACAAAGCUGAUCCCCUGAUCAUUAUCAUCUGGGUACUUAUAAUAAAAAUGCUUGUAAGUUCACAAGAAACAAUAAAGGGGAUUUAUCUCACUAUAUAUGUAAGUGAAAGUGAAUGAUUCUAUUAAUCUCCGCUUUGUUGAAAUAAAUUGUGACAUGCUGCUAAUAUAUUAAUCUAACUGACCUCGAAUAAACAAGUCAAUUGUUC